UCCACGUUGGCCGCACAUGCGCAGAAGGCACGAUCACCUGCGCGAACAAGGAAGUCAAUAGAGAGCACUCGAUGUGAAAACAAAAAUACUUCUCUCCCGACCGACUGUCGUCGUCUUCUCGUCAACUUUCAGCAACGUCGGCGAGACAAGAUGUUCAAGAAACUCAAGCAGAAGAUAAACGAGGAGCAGUUGCCGCAGAGGAGCGCACAGACUCCACCACAGGCCCAGGCGAGUCCUGGAGAUCGACGGAGCAGCCAAACCCCCCCAUUAUUUGAUGGUGAUCCCUCUCCCAGUGAUAGAGAGGUGCUGGCCGGGAUGAUAGCAGAACCCGCUUUUCUCUCUGAGUAUACUAUCUUUGCUCUGGACCAUUCAAAACGACACAAAACGGCCGAGGUAGCCAGUGUGAGUGCCUCUAAAGGGCCCAACAGGUCACCCAGAGGAAGCAUCAAUGGGGAUGGGAAUGCGUCUCCUCAUAGAGAAGAACCACAGUCUUUUGCCCAAAAACUACAGCUGAAAGUUCCCUCAAUGGAGUCCUUAAUUCGAAGUAGCGCCAGCCGGGCUGAACAUCUAUUUCGCUCUUCCUCUAAAGAAAGCCUGGUUCGGAGCUCUUCUCGCGAAUCCUUGACAAAUCUGGGGGAAAACGAGGCCACCAGCGCCUCCACAUACGACCCACCAUCGGAUAUCGAGAGCGAGGCUGAGGAGGCACCAGGAAGCACGGCGACUUACUCCAAAGAGCAGCUGCUGCACCGUUUGGUCAAAGUGGAGGCGAGCUUGGGGAAGUACCGUGGGAAGUACUCAGAGCUGGUAACUGCAUAUCGAACAGUGCAACGAGAUAAAGAAAAAACACAGGCCAUCCUAAGUCAAAGUCAAGACAAAGCUCUCCGCCGAAUAGGAGAACUACGGGAGGAGUUGCAAAUGGACCAGCAGGCAAAGAAACACCUUCAGGAUGAGUUUGAUGCUGCACUGGAAGAAAAAGAUCAGAUGAUUACUGUCCUCCAAACUCAGGUUGGUCUUCUGAAGAAACGAGUUAAAGGGGUCUCUGACAUUACUUUGGUCUCUGCCGGUGAGCAGCUUGAUACUGAAGAUGCCGACUCUGCAUCCGCCAGCUCUUUGAAGGACCCCGAAGUAGAGCCUGAAGUACAUGAGGAAGAGGGCGUCAGUGAUCCAGCUAAAGUCAUUGAGGCUCUACAGAAAAGAGUGAAGAGGCAGGAAAACCUACUGCACAAGUGCAGAGAAGUGAUGCACAUACAUAAAGAGCGGAGCUCUCAGCUGGGUAGUGAGAAUGAAACUCUACAAGUGCAGCUGCAGGAAAGACUGCAAGACCUUGAAAAGAUGAAGGAACUGCUCACAACAAAGAAGACAGAGCUUAUUAAUCAGUUGCGAGAUGUUAAGAACCACAAUGAGCAACUGGAGCAGGACAAGGGCAUGGUGAUUGCUGAAACAAAGCGCCAGAUGCAUGAGACUCUGGAAAUGAAAGAAGAGGAGAUUGCACAGCUCCGGUCCAGGCUCCAGUUGGCUAAUGCUCAGAAUGAAGAGCUGCAGGAACAGAAAGAAAAAGCUGAGAAAUCAACAUUUGAAGAGCUUGAAAGGGCACUGAGUUCAGCACAGAAAGCAGAGGAAGCCCGAAAACAGCUGCAGGUUCAAACGGAGGAGCAAAUAAGAGAAGCGGAAAGAGUCAAUGAAGAAGAGAGAAAGAGUUUGCAGCAGGAACUUACGCGAGUCAAACAGGAAGUUGUCACCAUCAUGAAGAAAUCAUCGGAAGAGAGGAUGGCCAACCUGGAAAAAGUCCAUAGUGAAGCUCUGGCUGCGAAAGAAGAGGAGCUGAGUGCCAGAAUCAGCACAGCUAUUGAGCAGUGCAAAGCGGAGUAUGCUCAGCUAACUAAGGAGCAAGAGCAGCAGGCUUCUCUGGCUUUGGAGGAUGCAGAUUUACAGAAGUCCGCCUUAAAGAUAGAGGCCGACAGUAAAGAUAAAGAGAUGCGACAACAGCUAGAAGUUGCAAGAACUAGAAUAAUGGAGCUGGAGAGUUCCCUGGAGAAGAUCUCUCAGGAUGGAUCAUCAAUGUCUCACGAACUGUCCAGUCAGAUGGACCAGCUGGAGGAUAAACACAAAAAGCAAAUGUCUUCUUUAAAAGAAGACCAUCAAACCCAGCUGGAAAAACACAAGGGUACACUAACUGAGCAGCACAAUGCUGCUCUGGAAGAGCUCAAGGAAAAACAUAGAGUUGAAUUGGAGGCACUUUUGAAAGAUAAAGACCUGCAGAUUCAAACUCACACAGAGAAAAAGAACCAGAAGUUGGAUGCAAAGCAAGCAGAGCAAGAUGCACUUUCAGCAGAGCUAUCUGAAGUUAUGAAGAGUAAACAACUUCUGGAAGAGAAGUUGGCAGAAAUACAAAAUGUGCACUGUUUAGCUCUGCAGGAUCAGGUGGCGAAGCACAAUGCUGAGAUUGUAAAUAUCAAGCAGGAGCAUGAGUUGUCUCUUGAUGGAAUGGAGAAAACUCUGAAGGAGGAAUUUAAAGCUCUGAAAAUCGUUUUGAGAGAGAAGGAAAAGAAAAUUGAAGAUCUCACUCAAGCAGUGAAAACACUAAAAGAAAAAUUACAUUCCAAUGUCCAAGACCUAAAUGUCAAAGCAAAGUUAAUUGAGGAUUUGCAACAGUCUUUAACACAUUUUCAGCUGGAAAAUUCAAGCUUUCAAGAAGCAUCAAAUACAAUCUCAAAUGAUCUUGUCCAGUCUAAGAAAGACUUGAAGGAUUUGCAGCAUCAACUGAAAAUAGCAAAAAAUGACUGUCAACAGAAAGAAUUAUUGCUGCAAGAAUUAGAGCAGCAAUUACAGCGGAGCAAAAAGGAACUCUCUGAGCAGGAGAAGUCACACGCUGGGGAACUGAACACUAAGCAUGAAGCGCAGACAUGCCUCCAGAAGCAGUUGGAUAAUGAAAAUGCUGCUCAUGAGAAGUUGAAAACUAUUAUGACAGAGAUUGAGGGUAAGAUGAAAAAGCAGGAAACAAAGAUGGAAAAGUUUAAACAAAGAACCAAAGAAAUGACAGAUAACUUCAAGAAAAAGCUUAAAGAGAAAGAUGAAUAUGUGAAAGAUGAACUGGCAAAGAAGGAUACAGAGCUUCAACAAAAAGAGAAACAAGUUCAAGAGAAAAUAUUAGAGAUGGCCCAAACUAAUUCCCAAGGCAUGAGCAAUGCCAUGUCUGAGCUACAAGCUAACCAUUUGGCGGAAGUGGAGAAACUACGUAAUACUCAUAAACAGGAAAUCUUGGAGCUGGAGCAUCAUUUGCAAGAGAAAUUAAGACAGCAGGAGGAGGAAUUAAUGGAGAAAUACUCACAAACACUGCAAGAAAAGAUACAGGAGCUUGAAGAGUCUUAUUUGAAACUCAGCAGGAGCACAGAGGAGAAAGAGCAAGUAGUUACUUCAAUGAAGAACUUGAAGGAGCAGCUUUUGGUUCAAGAAACCACUGUGCAAAAGCUAAAAGAAGAACUUCACAAAGCAGGGAUUAUGGUUGAGAGUUUGUCAACGAGUGAGGAGUUGCUGAGAAAGCAAAUUAAGUCGGUGGAGAAGAACCUAACCCAGGCCUUGAAUGAGCGAGACUCUCUGCAGGACAAGCUCAACAUUACAGAGGAAGAGAACAGAGAGAAGUUCAAGACUUGGUCUGACAAGAUAGAAGAAACAGAGAAGCAGCUUCAAACCCUUAAAGGUUCCCAACAGGAGGAUAUGCAAACUAAAUCUGAGGAAUCUGCCAUUCAGAUAAGGGCCAUGGAAGCACAGUUCCAACAGCAAUUAAAUAUGAUCAGCAACCAAAUGCAGAGUUACUGUAAGGAUGUCCAAUCGAAAGUUGUGGACAGGACCUCUGAACUUUGUCAAACAGUUGAAUCUAGAGUUUCUGAAUUAAAACAGCGACUUCUUUGUAGUCAGACAAACAUUGCACACCUUAAAAAGGUUGUCUCGAGCAAAAUAGAUAACAUUUGCACUUUAGAGGAGAAUCUCCGCCAAAAGACUGAAGAGAAUAACAAUCUAUGCAUUUCAGUAGAACAGGUGACUGCUCAGGUAAAUGCUCAUAUGGAGCAAAUCAAAGCCUUAAUGCACGAGAAUGAGAAUAAUUCUUUGUCUAUCAGUGAAAAAGCUCAGAAGAUUGAGGAGCUAAGCGAAUUAAACAAAGUCAUAUCAGUCGGUUUGAAAGAAAACGAGUUACAAGUGAGUAACUUGGAAAUUAUUAUCAGUGACUUGAAACAUCAACUAGAAGGUAACCUAAAAGAGAAGGAGGAAGCCAUACUUGAGCUCAAGCAGCAGCAUGAAGAGGAGAGACAAAAGGUCAUAGCUCAAGCGGAAGAGACCAUUCAGCGGUUAAAGCAGGAGCGAGUGACCGCUUCCGAGCAGGCCAAUGCUCUCAGAGCCAGUCUGUCUGAGAAUGUCAACACUGUAGCAUCUCUGAAGACCAGGCUAGAAGAGCUGGAGCGAGUUAUUUCUGAGAAAAAUGAAGAUUUGCAAAGGCUAACAACAAAUUUUGACAAUCAGUCCAUCAGUAAGUCUGAGAUGGACCAAGUUUUAAGCGAAAAGGAGCAGAAGGUGAGCGAGUUGACCGCAGAGCUUGAGGGCUGCAACCGUCGGUUUGGUGAACUUCAAGAGCAGCUGGACUCUAAGAUAAGAGAGUGCGAGCAACUGGCAUGUAACCUCAAGCAGCAGCACAGCAUCAGAGAGAACGAAAGGAAAGAGUUGGUUGAAAAGCUGCAGCAGAACGGAAACUCGGAGCAAGAGAUGGUUAAAAGACUACACCAUCUUGAAGAGCACAACCAAGCGUGCAAAAGCCAACUUCAGAGUAAGCAGGAAGAAUUUAAAAAGCUGAAGGAUGAGAGUUUAAAGGAAACUGAAAGGUUGAUGGCAGAGAGCACUCGGAAAGUCUCAGAGUUGAAGAAGAAAGCGGAACAGAAAAUUAGCCAAAUUAAGAAGCAGCUAACUUCCCAGCUUGAGGAAAAAAAUGAGAUUAUCACGACUCUUCAGGCAAGCCAAGAAGAGCUCAGGAGAAAUGAAACCUACAGCAAAGAAUUUAUCGACACAUUAGAGGAAAAAAACAAAUCUCUCGAGGAGCUUUUUGUCAAGCUCAAAGAAGAGCAGGCGAGCCAGCUGGCUGACGAGAGGCAGACAACGGAGAAGUCUUUAGAGGAACUGAGGAGCACUUAUGAAGAGAAGCUGUCUGAACUUCAGAGAGACUCAUUACACCAAACAGAGCUCAGUCAAGCAGCUCUUCUAGAGAUUGAAUUGAAGCUUCAAGAAGCUGAGAGAAAGAAUGGGGAACUUUUUGAAGAAAUAAAUACUCUAAAAGAAGAAAUUAGAAUAAAAGAUGUCCAAUGUGCUCAACAUCAAGCUGCUUUGAUGCAGGCUCACAUUUCAUUGGAGCCUGACAGGAAGAUAGAGUGUAGCAGUCUACAGCAAACAAACAGCAUGUUGAAAAAGGAGGUGAAAAACCACUCUGCCGAAUCCAAUGGGGAUUCCCUCGAUUCUCUCAAUAGCAAACUAAAUCAGAUGAAGAAUGAGAAGGAGAAAAUCCAGAAAGAUUUCACCAGAUUACAGAAGGACAUCCGAUCAAUGAGGAAAGAGCAUGAACAGGACCUCGACUACGUGAAGAAACAGUUGUUGGAUGAGAGUGAGGAGAAAUUCAAAUUGGAAUUAGAAGACAUCGAAAUGAAGCACAAUUCAGCAAUCAAACAGUUAAUGAGGGAGUUCAACACACAGAUGGCGCUGAAAGAGAAAGAGAUCGACACAGCAGUGAAAGAAGCCAUUGCUAAAGCCCAGGUUGUGGAGGUGGAGCUUAUCAGUAACCAUCAAGAGGAAACCGUUCAGCUGCACAAGACGGUUUCCCAGAAGGAGGAUGACUUGAACAGAACAGUUCAGAAAUAUGAGCAGGUCAUACAGAGUCGAGAGGAGGAGAUGGGAACCCGACUCUGGCAGGUCCAAAAAGAACUGGAGGAGUUGAAAGCAAGGAGCAACGAAACUUCAGAGAUGAGCACUGAGGAACUGCAGGUUCAGCUGGCUGAGAAGACCACUUUGCUGAGUGAAGCUCGACUGAAGGAGCAGGGCUUUGUUGAGAGGAUCCACUCGCUUGAGGACAAGAUUAAAUGUUUCCACCGGAACGCAGUCGUAACUCAUCUUGGUAGCACACACAAAGAUGCUGCAUUUAACAUACCGCAACCGCUCUCAGAAGCCACUGAGAUGGAGUACUUGAGGAAGGUGCUGUUUGAGUACAUGAUGGGACGGGAAACAAAAACGAUGGCUAAAGUGAUUACCUCCAUGCUCAAGUUUCCUCCAGACCAGGUUCAAAAGGUUUUGGACAAAGAGGAGUCAAAAGUAAUGCCUUGGUUAAGCGUCUGAGCGAUGCUUUGAGAUGAAAACUAUACUGCUGCUGCUGAAAGGGGAGACUGCCAAGGAUUUCAUCAAACCCUUCUCUGCGUGUUACUUCUUAUACAGUAUAUCUGUGUGUGCAUGAAUGAACGUACGAAUGGCUUUAAGUAUGCAGUGUGUGAAUAAAACUAAACAGUAUGAGGGAAUUCAAAUAUAUCAGAAUCACAAAUCUUCCAUGAAUCCGCAUCUUUACUUUAAAAUUAAUUUAUGAUGGGUUAGGUGCGGGGUACUUUUUAUUCUUGAAUGUGUUUAUGAGGUUUGGCGUGUGCAAUAAAUGAUAAACAUAUCGAUGCUGACGGUUGCUUUAUAGGUUUUUCUUUGUGUUGUGCUGUCGUCUGGAUAACUUUCCUUGCAAACCUGUAAAUGGCCCUUUAACCAUGUGCUCACUACACAUUUACGUUAGUGCCCUGUGGACCUUUCUUCUUGUUUUCCAGCCCCAAAACACACUAAUUUGUAUUAGAAAAUGGAAACUGUGCUAUAGGGCUCUAUAUGACUUGCUAUACGUUUUCUGUAUAACAAAUUAAAUCUUAUUUACAAGUG